GUUUGCCAAUCGUUCGGUUCAAAAUUCGGUGUAGUAACUGUGCUGUACUGAAGUUAGUGUUUGCAAAACCCCUUCUGUAUCUCGUGAAGUUGAUCUUUCAGUCGCAGAAUACCUAAGGCGGUGGUGAGAUCGGCAGGUGGUCGAGGUUUCUCCGGAAGCAGGCCCGGAUGUAACGCGCCCGAUCCAUCUGGUUGGCAGCCCACUGCUGUCCGUUGUUGUCGUUCUGCACUGCUGCGUUUUUCCGGUCGUCAUGGAUGCGGCCGAGGAUGGUGGUCAGACGCGCCAAAGAUAGAUUUUGGAGCUUCUCGGCGAUGCUGUUGUUCCCCGCCGCGGCGAACUGUGUGUCGUUCCGCGCCUGUGGAGACAGAAUCGAAAAAAUCCAUCCCUUCUGGUAGUCGUCGUCCACGUUCCCAGCGCCCCAGUGCACGUCAACGGUGUCAACCCGCUGCACGAUAGGUGCGCCGUUGAUACCCGCUGGGGGGGCAGGUUGUAAGUUUUGGUUCGCGGCGGGAGCGGGGGGUCCACCUGCACCACCGGCUCCUCCUCCACCAGCAACUCCUGCACCGCCAGCACCUCCUCCACCAGCAGCUCCUGCACCACCCGCAAUUCCUCCUCCGCCUCCGCCUCCGGCCGGCGGAAUAGGUCCGAAUCCUCCUGGCGGCGCGCCCGCACCUCCUCCGAAUCCUCCUCCUAGUCCCGGCGGGGGGCCGGCCAUGCCAACCGGAUAAACCUGUUGCUGUUGCGGGUACACCUGUUGGUGCGGUUGGUUUGGGUACAUCUGCUGCUGCUGAUGCAUCUGCUGCUGCUGAUGCAUCUGUUGCUGUUGGUACAUCUGCUGCGGCUGGUAGUACUGGUGCGGGAAUUGGUUUUGCUGUUGGAUCAUGCAUAGCAAUUUUUUGUGCAGCUUCUCGUGAGCCGCCACAACCAUGCUUUCCUCCAUGCAGACGAAGGCAUAUUUGCAAUCCAUAAAAGCUCCCGUCCUAUGAUUUUUGCUUCGCUACGGAAGCGGAGGCCAACGCCUUCGCCAGCGAUCUGCAGGUUUUCUGCCGCAUCGGGAUGGACUGCACCAGCGUGAGAAAUACGCAGGCCCAGCAGCUCUUCAGCGUGUUUGAUUCGCAGCUAGGAAAAGAGCUCUGCAGCCCCAUGAUGGAGCACGUGUUCCCCUUCGGCCGCUACACCAGCGCGGUGGACGGAGAAAACUACGCCUACAAACCGUUUGACCGCAUUAUCCGCAUGUGGCUCACUGAUGACGACUAUGAGGGCAUCAAUUUGAAGAAAAGGAAACUGGAGAACGGUGGGAGUGAAUUUCCAGAGACGAAUAUCGGCGAUACGGCAACCUGGCUCGACGUUGCGCGGACCGUGCUGUCGCGGCGGCUCGAAAUCGAGAAUAACGAGGACCUCCUCGCCCCUAUUGAGAUCCAGUGCUUUUUCGGCAACAAGACAAUCGAAGAGCUCAGACGCGAAAAGAAGAAAGAGCAAGAGGAAGCUAUGGCCUGCUCAGGCACUGCAGCAAUCUCACCUACCAACAUGAAAUAUAAAAGAGUGCAUGUGCAGGCAGUGGCUCGCGAGCACGAGUUUAGUAUAAAUGUUAUCUUGCUUCCACUGCCCAGUGUCUUGCGUUUGCAAAUGUUAUAGAAUAUGUCCUACGGCGACUUCAUAGUUUGGAGGGCGGAUUAAGGCGGCGUAAGUAUGCGGAGCCUUCAAACGGCUUGCAGAUCUGACUGACUGGUCAAAUUGUACUGCCUGAGCAUUCCAUAUGCGACGAAAAGGAGGUGGAGAUACAAAAGAUAUAAAGUACUCAAAGCUUUCGAUGUGCGACCGAGCAGGAUUUCGUCUCUUCGAGGUAUAGGACUGCAGGGAUUUUCUCUUCCUCCGAGCGGAAUUGAAUUUGCAAAUUAUUUCGGAUGAGCUGAAUCGGAAAAAAAAAUUAAUAUAUUUUCCAAACGCGCGGCAUUUUCAAGUAAUGUUGAUGGCAAGGAAAAAGACAGAGUAUGGUCGCGGGCCAGACAAGGAGACCUUCACUUCUUUGUUGUACUACAUUGAGCGCACUAUCGGUAUGGACUCCAUAUCGAUGGUCACCAAAGAGUGCGAGAGGCGAAACGCGGUUUAUUUUCUGCGAGAGAAAAUUUCUGCGAGAGAAAAAGACGGAAGAACUUCGAGAGAAAACAUGCGUGCAAAUGUCGACAACGACAUUCUCCCGAUGAUAAUGGGUCCUUCGCAGCUACAGACUGAAAAACAAUAAAACGCAGGCACUUCUUCUUCUAGCGACUCUGUAUUUGUGGAUGCUCGACUUCUACACCGCUAAAAUGAGGGGUUUUCGGGGAUCAUGCUAGAGCACCACAUGACUCCGAAAAAAGAGCAGGCUUUCAAGACUUCGGUCCCCGCGUGAAGGCGUGAGCGGUUUUUGCUGCCACUCCUGCAAAGCCUCACGGUAUGUUGUUUUUUUAAAUUUUUCUUUCUACGAUAGUUCACAAUUCCCCCUCUCCCCCAUUUAUCAUGCGACUUCCCCCUCAUUUGUCAUGCUAAAUCCACACUCCAGCUGCUGCCUUGAGGUUCUGUCAGCAUGGCAAAUUUCGGAGGCACGUCGAGCAGUACUAUACUAAAUCGGGCACGCUGAUUUGUCAUGCGCAGGCUCCUUCUGUGCUGGUGCUCGUAUUGCUAUGCAUGCCAUACGAAUGAAGGACGAGGGGGGGGGGGUUGUGCACUCUCCUACUUAUGCACUCCUACAAGUAGUUGGAGAUGAAGGAAGAUACUACUAGCACGUAGAUUUAUGCAUUGCAAAUUUGUUAGGGUCUGGAAGACUGACAAAUUGAAAUUGUGAUGCGGAUUCUGGAAUAGACAAAAAUUUGUGUUGCAUACUCAGCAAAAGAUGUCACAUUUCCUUCUUGAAAGUGCCUUUUACACGCUGGCUGCGCAUGGAGAAGUUCGCCCAGAAUUGGACAGGCUCGGCAUGAAGAUGCAUUCCGCUUCCAUCUUGCAAAUGGAAAAAGAACCGCAUGACAAGUUAGUACGAUCCGCCUCCUUCCAGACCUCGACAUGCUGUGUGCAACGGAUUAUAACGCCACACUCAGUUGUCUGCCCUCUCCUUCACGGCACCGAACGUAGAAGAUCAAAGACAAUUUCGAUGUACAACUUUAUCUUUUUCUCCACCUACAGGUACCAUCGAUGCUGUUCCAGCCUUUCUUCCGCGACGUGUACGGUUCCCAUGCCAGUCGUUCUCGACGGAACGAAACACCUGGAAGCGCGAUGGAUUUCCAGGGAGGCGUUGUAGGCUAUGGCGUUCUCAAAUGUUACACUCUCAACUGUUUACAUGAAUUUGUGAUGCAAGAAUGUGAAAAGCAAAAGAAGGGAGCUUGCCCCUCUCCUCGCAUUACAAAUUUGGCGCAGCUUUUAAUGCUGUUUAGCUCCUCGAAAAUUUGUCAUGCGAAGUAGGUUCGUCGUGUGGAUGCUGGUGCGCAUUAUGCAUGACUGUGGUAGUUGAGAAUGUAACGUUUGAGAGCUCCAUAUAGUCUAGCGUGAUGCAACGAUGAUUCUAUCCCUGAAAGCGCCUCGGUCUAUACGGAAUCCAACAAUGAUACAAGGCAAUUAUCGAUUUACUUUACAAGAUACAAUUAUGAUGAGAUUGUUUAUUAUACAAGAUACUUGACAAAAAGCGACAACAAGGAAACAUUACAGCUGUAUGAAAUUGACACAGCAACAGAAUUCCUUUACUCCUUCAGCCCCGAUAGUAAACUCAUUUAGUCGAAAGCUAUGUCAAUUCGAAAUCUCCUGGGAGUACCGAUAUAGCGGACGAUUUUUUGAACAUUGACGACAUCACUUUUGCCCGCAAUGAGAAACACGAAAGACAGCAAAAAGUGUAGAAGGAGAACAGUUUUUUAAGCCGAAAAAAAUUUCAUCCAGGAAGAGACUCAGACUUCCGGAGGGGGCAACCGCUUAUCCUGAAGCUUCUGUGCAUGCUGCGUGCUUGAGCAUUUUUCGUCUCGCGGCUCAGAAGUACUAUGCUCAGAG